AGCUGCAGCGGUCAGCAUGAUGUCUGGAGGUCCGGCGGUGCGGGUCAGCAUCGAGUCUCAGUGUGAGCGUCAGGUGCAGGAGGUGUCUCUGGACGGUCUGGAGACGUACGUGCCUCCGCUCUCCAUGUCUCAGAACCUGGCCAAGCUGACGCAGCGGAUCGACUUCGACCAGAGCUCUGACUCGGAGCAGGACGGGCCGGAGAGGGAGAGCCGGGAGCCCUGGAGCAAGCCGGAGCCGGAGGAGGAUGAGGGUGCGGUGAAGUUCCAGCCCUCGCUGUGGCCGUGGGACUCGGUGAGGAAUAACCUGCGCGGUGCUCUCACAGAGAUGUGUGUGCUGCACGACGUGCUCAGUGUGCUCAAGGAGAAGAAGUACAUGGCCCUCGACCCCGUGUCCCAGGACCCCAGCGCCAACAAGACCCCGCAGGUGUUCCAGCUGAUCAGUAAGAAGAAGUCUCUGGCCACGGCGGCCCAGCUGCUGCUGAAAGGAGCCGAGAAGCUGAACAAGUCUCUGGCAGAGAACCAGGAGCAGCGCAGACAGAGGGACUUCAACUCGGAGCUGCUGCGUCUGCGCUCUCAGUGGAAGCUGCGCAAGGUCGGAGACAAGAUCCUGGGAGACCUGAGCUACCGCAGCGCCGGGUCUCUGUUCCCUCAUCACGGCACGUUUGAGGUCAUCAAGAACACAGACCUCGACCUAGAUAAGAAGAUCCCCGAGGAUUACUGUCCGCUCAGCGUGCAGAUCCCCAGUGACCUGGAGGGGUCGGCGUAUAUUAAGGUGUCCAUCCAGAAGCAGUCUCCUGAUAUCGGAGACCUCGGCACAGUCAGUCUCUUCAGAAGACAGCCCAAAGCCAAACCUGCUUCUCAGAUGUGGCAUCUCAAGCUGGAAGCGGCUCAGAAUGUGCUGCUGUGUAAGGAGAUCUUUGCUCAGCUCUCACGUGAAGCUGUUCAGAUCAAAUCACAGAUUCCUCACAUCGUGGUCAAGAACCAGAUCAUCUCACAGCCCUUUCCUGGUCUGCAGCUGUCCAUCUCUCUCUGUCACUCCACUGGAGAGAAGAGAAGCCAGAGAGCCUCCCCGGAGAAGAGUAAACCAGACGAUCAUCUGUAUGUGUUAGAGCACAACCUCCACCAGCUGAUCCGAGAGUUCCACAAGCAGACGCUGAGCUCGGUGGUGAUGCCUCAUCCUGCCAGCGCUCCGUUCGGUCACAAGCGCUUGCGUCUGGCGGGACCCAUGGCCUACGACAAAGCAGAGAUCAGCUCGCUGCAGCAGAGCGAGGGACUCCUGGAGAAGAUCAUCAAACAGGCCAAACACAUCUUCCUGAGGAGCAGGACGGCGCGGACCAUCGACACGCUGGCCAGUCGUAUAGAGGACCCUCAGAUCCAGGCCCACUGGUCAAACAUCAACGAUGUGUAUGAGUCCAGCGUCAAAGUGCUCAUCACCUCGCAGGGAUACGAGCAGAUCUGCAAGUCGAUCCAGCUGCAGCUGAACAUCGGUGUGGAGCAGAUCAGGGUGGUGCAUCGAGACGGCCGCGUCAUCACGCUCUCACACCAGGAGCAGGAGCUGCAGGACUUCCUGCUGUCACAGAUGUCGCAGCAUCAGGUACACGCUGUGCAGCAGCUGGCUAAAGUCAUGGGCUGGCACGUGUUGAGUUUUAGUAAUCACGUGGGCCUCGGCCCCAUCGAGAGCAUCGGGAACGCCUCUGCCAUCACAGUCACGUCUCCCAGCGGAGAGUACACCAUCUCAGUGCGCAACGGUCCAGAGAGCGGCUGUAAGGUGCUGGUUCAGUUCCCGCGCAGUCAAGCCAAAGAGCUGCCCAAGAGCGAUGUGCUGCAGGACGCCAGAUGGACGCACCUCAGGGGGCCUUACAAGGAGGUGCACUGGAGCCGCAUGGAAGGAAGGAACUUUGUGUACAAGAUGGAGCUGCUGAUGGCGGCCCUGACCCCCUGUCCCUAGAGCCCACUGGGGUCUCACCUUGAUUUGAUGCAUCUCUUCAGCGCUUGAUAACGCUCUGUCAUUUAUCUAAAAGGCUAGUGAUGGCCAAAACACUUGUUGGAAAUAAAACAUUUGUACUACCA